UUUUUUGACUUCUAGUGACUGCAGGAACCGAAUAACGUGUAUUAAAGCUGUAAUUUUUUGUAAUUUUCAGAUUAACGAAACGGCUUGAGGCUACGAGAAUCAUGUGAUACGAAUCCGUCCUUUUUAAUCGAUCACGUAUUGCUCAGAUCUGCUCAAAAUGACUUUGGAAGUUUGUAAAAACAUGGAAAGUAUAGAAAAUUGUGAUGAUAUUCAGUUCAGUUUUCAAGCGAUCGAACCCGAUCGAGAAACUGUAAUCGCGACGGAGAAUCUCCGGAAUAUAAACAAGGCUUUAUCGUACGAUUCGAACAACGAGGAUAAUGAUAAUUUGAACACGAUCGUUAAUACGGUCCCCGACAUCGGUUAUAUACCGACUGAGGUGGAAAACUGCGUGGAAAUCGAGUCGACGAACGUUAUGAAUUUACCCGAAAACCAAAUAGUCGAAAUCCAAUUCCGAAACGAAUUUAUAGUUAAUAAUAAUUUAUUAGAUAAUAGCGAAAUCAAAUCGACGUUCAUCGAUCUCAAAGAUGGAGUUUACGAAGAAAUAAUCCCGUAUGCGAUAUACGAGGAUUCGGUUAAAACGAACGCGGAAAUUUUCGAAAUAGUACAACAAGUGGAUGAGCCGAGAGAAAAUCGAAAUGACGAUAACGCCGCGCAAAAUAUCGUAAAUAUUCCGAUGUUGAGUCCUCAAAGCGAAAACGACGAACAAACCGAAACGGAUUUGACCAGUUUAAACUGGUUACAUAACAUCACUAAUAUAAUGUCGAUGCCGAAUAUUCCGACGCCCCCCGUAUCUCCCACUCCCAAACCGAAAAGGAAAUCGAAUAAUACGCAAGAAGAUCUAACGAUUAAUAUUAAUUAUUAUAAGAAGAACGGAGAGAAGAAGCCGCCGUUUUCGUACGCUACUUUGAUAUGUAUGGCGAUGGGAAAAAACGGGAACAAAAUGACUUUAUCGGCCAUUUACCAUUGGAUUAGAGAGAAUUUUUUGUAUUAUAGGAAAGCGCAUCCCAGUUGGCAGAAUUCAAUACGACACAAUUUAUCUUUAAAUAAAUGUUUCGUGAAACAUCCUCGAUCUAAAGAUCAACCAGGUAAAGGAGGCUUUUGGAAAUUGGAUUUAGAAAGAUUAGAAGAGUCUAGGAGAUCGAAAAGAAGAUCAAGUCUAACGGUGAGGGCACCGAGAAAUCGACAUCCCGAUCAAAAAGCACAGAAACCUUCAAGAAAAACUAAAAGGUAUCGUUCAAAUCAAAAUACAGGUGAAAGAAAACACAAUAUUCUCUCCAACAUAUCAAUAUGUGGCGAUACCGAUAUCGAGAAUUUCGAUGAAAUUAAGAAAAAAGAGAAUAAGUUCGAUAAGAAAUCACAAAAAGACGCCGGUUUCCUAGCUUCGGAAUCCGAAGAAGAAGCAACGAAAGAAGACAACACAACAAGAGAUUUUGUACCCAGUUCGAUGCCAAAUCAAUCUGUCGUGACUGAACCCGUCAAUCAAAUGUUAGCUGAAGACGAAUUGACUGGACUAUUGUUAGCUACAAACGGUUGGGAUGAAUGUCAAUUAGAAUUAUUAGAUUCCCUUUUAGAUUCGCUAUAA